GACCCUGCGCCUCGGAGCUGUCGGAGGGACAGCCCUGCUUGGCGUGAAGCUUGGCCACAUGUGGAUCAAUGACGAUCUUGACGACAUCAAGUACGAAUUUGACCGUCUCUUCUACCACUUUGCCAGAAAAGAGCAAGAGAAGAAGAAAGUGGUCGUCUUGGGCUCCGGUUGGGGAGCGCUCUCCUUCGUUCGUAAGCUCGAUCCUUCGGCCUUUGAUGUCACAGUGGUGUCGCCUCGACCUUUCUUUUUCUACACACCGCUGCUUGUAGGGAGCACCACUGGAGUCGUAUCACCCGGUGCCAUCAUCGAGCCCAUUCGCGACAACGUUCCCAACUGCGACUUCUUGCGGGUGCACUGCAAGGAUGUCGACUUAGAGAACAAGAAGGUUUUCUGUGAUGGCGAUCUUGAGUUGGACUACGACCACCUGCUGGUGGCUGUCGGUGCGCAGCCGAACACUUUCGGAAUCCCUGGAGUUGAUAAGUAUGGCAGGUUCCUCAAGGAGAUUGAGCAUGGACGACAGCUGCGCAAGGAGAUGUUGGACAUCAUCGAACGUGCCGAAGUGGCCAAUGCCAACGGAGAAAUCAACAAGGUGAAGCAGCUGUUGAACUUUGUGGUGGUGGGCGGAGGACCCACAGGAGUAGAAUUUUGCGGUGAGCUUUCCGACUUCAUCAGACAGGAUUUGAAGCGUCGCUAUCCAAAGAUCGCAGAAUAUUUUCAAGUGACUCUGGUGGAAGCACUUCCUGGUCUACUGACCAUGUUCAACAAAUCUGUUGGACUGUAUGUUCAAGAUCACCUGAAGAAUCAAGGUGUCGAAAUCAAGUUGAACGCCAUGGUGAAGGAAGUGGAGCCAGAGAAGGUCCAUUUGAAGACACAGGAAGGACUGGUGGACAUGGACUUUGGCGUUUUGGUUUGGGUGGCUGGUGUUGGCAUGAGGCCCUUCACUCGUGCCCUCUGCGAGAAGAUUGGCAAGGAGAACGGGCAGACCGAUCGACGCGGGUUGGUGGUGGAUGAGUGUCUUCGGGUCAAGGGUACACGACCCGGUGAGGUCUUUGCCAUUGGCGACUGUGCUGUGAGUGGUAAGCCUCCAACGGCCCAGGUGGCGUACCAACAAGGCAAGUAUUUGGGGCGAAUGUUCCGCCUCGGAAGGGAGUAUCAGAUCUCAGAUCCCCAAGCUGCGCCCUUCAAAUAUUGUCACCAGGGCACCAUGGCCUACAUCGGUGACUCAGCGGGUGCUGCAGAGAUAGAUCCCAACGCGUUCAUCAAGUUAGGCCGAUCCUCAGUCACGGAUCACUUCUGGUGGCGUUCCCUCUAUGGCGACACGGAUCAACUUCGGGUCAUGGGACCUGCGGGCUUCGUGGUGUGGCGUUCCACUUAUUUUAGCAAACUCUUCUCGAGCCGAAAUCGUUGGUCCGUGGCAAGCGAUUGGUUACGGACUG